AGCAAGAUUGCAAACCGCGGAAAUUGAAACACAUUCACUUUCAAAAUUGCAAUAAAUUCAUUUUAUAUACAAGCACAAACAAGGAACGCUGAGAAAGCUAGGAAGAGAAAGGUGGAUUGGUACAGUGAAUGAUGAAGAGGAAAACCAAAACCCUAAAAACGAGGAGUAGCAAUGAGAAGAGAAAGACGAAAAAAUUGAAGGGAACAGUAGUGAGGCGCCUGCUAGGUCAGCUGGGGAUUUCAUCUGUCCAGCAUCAAUCUUCUCCCUCUAAGUCAUGGUCCGAUCGGUCCAAUCGCUUCCAAAACUUUCUGGAAUCUGUGGACGAGAAUGCCGCUCUCAGUGUAGAUGUAGAUGCGUAUGUCGACGAUAAAGAAACCAUUCUUACUCAAGAUUUCUUCUGUACGCCAGAUUAUAUCACCCCGGACAAUCAAAACUUGUUGAAUAGUUUCGAUUGCAACAAGGAAAAUAUUCCUUGCCCUAAAUCACCUGAGAAGCUAAAUACUACCAAAAGCAAGAGGUAUCAACAGGAUGGUUGCUUAGUGAAUUCCCUCAGUCCUUCAUCUGGCUACCAAGAUGUAGUGGAACUCGCAAAAGAUACUUUUGGAAUAGAUGAAAUUAUGGUUGAUAAAAAAAUGUUAAGUGGAACACAGAAGACUCAAAAUUAUGUUUCACAAUCAGCAGUUGCUUUACGCUGUCGGGUCAUGCCCCCUCCAUGCAUUAAGAACCCAUAUCAAAAGGAUGCUUCGGGAACGGACAUAGAUCCUUUUGGAAACCAAAGAGUAAAAUGUGGAGGUUUCUUCCCUGCAAUAAUUGGAGGCAAUGGCCUUUCACGCUAUCACACAGAUUUUCAUGAGAUUGAGCAAAUUGGUGUUGGACACUUUAGUCGUGUUUUUAAAGUGUUGAAGAGAAUUGAUGGAUGUUUUUAUGCGGUAAAACAUAUCACGAGACAAUUGCAACAAGAUGUGGAGAGGAGGAAAGCUUUGAUGGAGGUUCAAGCUAUGGCAGCUUUAGGGUGCCAUGAAAACAUUGUUGGGUACUAUUCAGCUUGGUUUGAAAAUGAUCAACUGUACAUUCAGAUGGAGCUCUGUGAUCACAGUUUGUCCAUUGGUAAAGCUUCACAGUUAUUUACCGAGGGAGAAGUAUUGAAAGCCUUGCAUCAGAUUGCAAAGGCAUUGCAGUUUAUACACAAGAGAGGAUUAGCUCACCUAGAUGUAAAACCAGAUAAUAUCUAUGUCAAGAAUGGUGCUUAUAAGCUAGGUGAUUUUGGAUGUGCAACUCUUCUUGAUAAGAGCUUGCCUUUUGAAGAGGGUGAUGCACACUAUAUGCCACAAGAAAUCCUGAAUGAGAACUAUGAUCAUCUUGACAAAGUUGAUAUCUUCUCUUUGGGGGCUGCUAUUUAUGAACUAAUCAGAGGGUCACCUUUGCAAGAAGCUGGACCACAGUUUUCUAAUCUCAGGGACGGAAAGCUGCCUCUCCUUCCAGGCCAUUCCUUGCAAUUUCAGAAUUUACUCAAGGUCAUGAUGGAACCAGAUCCUGUUCGACGGCCUUCUGCUAAAGAAUUGGUAGAAAAUCCAAUUUUUGAUAGAAUUGGAAAAAAGUUCACAAACUUAAAUUAAAUCAUUAAUUGGUUAUGCCUGGGAUUGGAAUGUUGAAUUAUUGUAUAUGCACUUAGCAUUUGAUUGUGAUGAGCUAGCCCGACACAAAGGGCAUGAGGUUAUUCAUGAUGAUGCUAGUCAUUCUCUUAUUUAUGCACCAAGUUUUCUUCAUGAAUGCUGCAAAUGUUGUACAGUUUGGAGUCAGUGUUGUAUUACGUGGAGUGGAGGUAUGCAACACUGAUUGAGAGUUUGUUUGAACUUGUAUUAAACAGUCAUGCUUCUCAGGUGAAAUUAUUUCUAGUUAUUGUAUAUGUUGGUGCCCUCAUCUAUUCCAGUAAUGAUUUCAUUAUUUCA